GUUUCGAACACCUUCCCCCUCCUACUCUCCUAUAUAUUACUCCUCUUCCUCCCCCUUACUUCCCACACCAACCACAUCUCUUUCACACAUAAAUCACUCGUCACAAUGGGUUUCACCGACUUGGUUUCUGACGCUGGCCUCACUGUUGCCAACAACUGGUUCGCCACCAGGAGCUACGUUAUUGGCGAUGCUCCUUCUCAGGCCGAUGUCGUGACCUUCAAGGCAUUCUCCGGCGCCCCUGACGCUGAGAAGUACCCUCACGCUGCCCGUUGGUACAAGCACAUUGCUUCCUACGAGGCUGAGUUCGGCUCCCUCCCUGGUGAUGCCUCUAAGGCCUACACCACCUACGGCCCCGAGUCCACCGAGCUCCCCACCAACCCUAAGGACAAGCCCGCCGAUGAUGAUGAUGACGACGUGGACCUCUUCGGCAGUGACAGCGAGGAGGAGGACCCUGAGGUCGCCAAGAAGCACGCAGAGAAUCUUGCUGCGUACAAGGCGAAGAAGGCGGCCAAGCCUCAGGCCAUCCACAAGUCCCUUGUCACUCUUGAAGUCAAGCCUUGGGAUGACGAGACCCCCCUUGAGCAGCUUCUGGCUAACGUCAAGGCAAUUGAGAAGGAUGGCCUUGUCUGGGGUGCCCACAAGUGGGUUGAAGUUGGCUUCGGUAUCAAGAAGCUCCAGAUCAGUCUUGUUGUUGAGGACGACAAGAUCUCCCUUGAUGAACUCCAAGAGGAGAUCCAGGAGGACGAGGACCACGUCCAGUCCACUGAUAUUGCUGCUAUGUCGAAGCUGUAAAUGAAACGUUUAUGAAAAGAAACGGUGUGAUGAAGGAAUUUUCAUGUUAUUGAACGGAAACCAAAGUCAUGAAUCUAAGCAAAUAACUAGAACUCGAUCGGUAUUGUCCGAUUGUUUUGAUGAAAAAAAUGAAAAAUACCCCAAUAAUACCACA